CCUUUCUCAUCGGUAUAAACGGAAGUAAACAGUAACUAAUAAUACUUUCCACGUUAGCGUUUUUUAUUUUAUUUAUUUAGACGUUUAUUAACACUCUGGAACUCAAACUAUGCAUUACAUACAGCAUUACAUACUUAUCCCAUGUAGUCUUUAAUCCGCGUUGGAGACAGGACUUGGAUGGUCAAGAGGUUAGCUAUCUAGGUAACGCUACCUAACUGCUAAGUUAGUUAACAAUGGCUGCUAACUGUAUGGUUUUUCACACUCAAAUAGCCUCCAUAAUGGAGGUGCUAGCGAAUGCAGCAGUGGCAGAGGUCUGUAAACUCGUAGACGACGACUAUGCAGUGUUUCGUUUGGAAAUAACUCAAAGCCAGAAAGAAACCAGUGCAUUGCGGAGGAAACUACAGCUACUUGAACUGAAAUUGUCACGGGAGCGCACAGAGAGGACAAUGCGAGAGCGCGUCCUCGCCAGUCGUCCCAGAAGUGUCAAGAUCCUCGACCGAUACAGGGGAAUGGCAAGAGGUGAAGGAGAUCUCACUGGAGGCCACAAGAGCUUUGUGAAGCCAGCAGGACACAAUACAUGGAGAGAUGACCAACCAAUCACUGUUGAUGAGGGGAGUGAAACCUCAACCCAGCACGUUAUCAUGAUAGAGGAUGCAGAGGUUGCAGGUCCUGGGGUCAAGCAGGAGAGGUCUGAAGGAGAGGAGGACCCACAGCACAGCAGAAACAUCCAGACUGCAGUGGCUGGAGCUUCCCCUGAAGCCACGGAGAACCUCUCUGCCGCGCCCCAGCCCAGGACCCGAUGCAGCAUCAUGGAGGAGGAGGAGGGUCCAGAGGUUCUGCUGGUGAAGGAGGAGGGGUGUGAGGAGGGUCUGGGGAACCCUGACGGGACCAUGGUCAUGGAGGACAACCAGACUACACCACCACCUGAGUCAGUAGACAUGGAGGAUGGGAAGCCUGAUCUGCUGCUCAUCAAAGAGGAGACAAUAGAAGAUGGACCAGAGAGCAUUGAUCUGCAGAGUGGACUAAAGAUGGGGGAGCAAGGUGGUUGGCUGGAGGAUGACAGAGAAGACUGGGCGGCCAUCUUGGAUUCCCAGACGGGUGCAGCCAAGGGCCAGGGGGACGACAUCACUGAGCAGGCCAGGACCAGAUGCGACAUAGUGGAGGUCAGUGGAUGGGACAGCGUCCUCAACUCUAGGCUGCUGAACAACACUGUUAACCACAACCAGAAAAAGACAAUCGAACACAAAACAACAACCAAACGUAGUCUCCAUGACAACAGAUUGGCUGAAACCAGGAUGAGACAUAGAUUUGGUCCGGGGGGACGAGGAGGUGUCCGUAUGCAGCUGGAGAGAACAGACAUAGACUCGGUUAGCGAUGCUCCAUCCUGCUCCUAUAGUUGUGAUUCAGAGAGACUGAUGGCAUCUCAGGUUAACCCACUAACAGGUGCUGCCUUCAGCCUGCCUUCUAUAGGAUCUAUCAACUGGAACAUGGACCCUGCGACAACACAGACACUCCCUGGUCUUUGUCCUCCUCACACUCCCCUAAUGUUAAACCAGGCCUCAAACAAUGCCAGUGCCUCAACACUAAAUGGCUACACAAGCCCAUUGACAAAUGACAUUAGUAGUGACGGAAUCAGUAAAGGUCUCAGCGCCAAAGAGAAGCGCUUCCCGUGUUCGUUCUGUGGGAAAGUCUUCAGUUUCCCCAAACAGGUGGCGAUCCACCAGAGGAUGCACACGGGGGAGAAACCGUUCGGCUGCCACCUGUGCCGGGUCAGUUUCUCGGACUCAUCCAACCUGAAGAGGCACCAGAGGGUCCACACAGGGGAGAAACCAUACAGCUGCCCCCAGUGUGAGAAGAGGUUCUCUCACCAGCCCCAUCUGAAGAGGCACCUGAAGAUCCACACUGGAGAGAAGCCGUUCGCCUGUAUGCAGUGCGGGAAGAGGUUCUCAGAGAGGGGCUACCUCAGGAUACACCAGCAGAAAAUGCACACCGCCCAUGUAUAGAGUAUAGUGACAUAUAAUGUAGUACUAGUUAGUUUGUAGUUAAUUCUGUUGGUUUUGGAUGUAGUAGGGAACUGGAUGAGGUGAACUGAGGAAAGAAUGAGUAUGAUGAGGCAGAGUAGAUGAUAUGGGGAUGGUUGGUGUGGUGGUGUCUGUACAAAUGCUUCACUGAUGAAGUGACAAUUUUGUCCUGUUUGACGUUGGUGUUCUUUAUGAGGAAAUGAUAGUGCCUUAAUGCAUGUUUACCUGACAAAGUAGUGAAGAUGUGCGUAAUGUUGAAUCUUUUCCAAAGUAUUCUAAAAUUAAUUUGAUAAAUGCGAGGGCACCAGAUUUACAGAAAAGUUUGUUACCAUAGUGAGAAAAGUUAUUGUACUAAAUGUUAUGUGAGUGUAUGACCAUUUUGUUUAAAUUAAAAUACAAAAUUGACUCUG